CAACUGCACAGCUUCCUGUCAGUGUGGGUCACUCGACGGAGCAGUCUGUCCUUCAUCAGAGAGCGGGGCUGGGGCAGUGGGCAGCCUGAACGCGGGAUCAUGUCCGUGGUUCCUCCCUCGCUGCUCUGUCUUGGGUUGUGUCUGAGCCAGAGCACUUGGGCACAGAAGGGAAAUCUCCCCCCGCCUCGUAUCACAGCUCUGCCUGGAUCCACAGUUCCACCUAGGAGUCCUGUGACCCUCCUGUGUCAAGGACCUAAACAAGCUGAGGGGUACAGAAUAUCAAAAGUGGGGAGUCCUGAGCCCAUGGGCAAAGAGGAACAGAUCACAGCCCGGAAGACCAACACUUUGAGUUUCACAGAGAUGACAACAGACAAGACAGGGCUAUACCACUGCUCCUAUCAGAGAGGAGGCCGCUGGUCCCAGUUCAGUGACCCCCUGCAGCUGGUGUCUCAACUGCACAGCUUCCUGUCAGUGUGGGUCACUCGACGGAGCAGUCUGUCCUUCAUCAGAGAGCGGGGCUGGGGCAGUGGGCAGCCUGAACGCGGGAUCAUGUCCGUGGUUCCUCCCUCGCUGCUCUGUCUUGGGUUGUGUCUGAGCCAGAGCACUUGGGCACAGAAGGGAAAUCUCCCCCCGCCUUGUAUCACAGCUCUGCCUGGAUCCACAGUUCCACCUAGGAGUCCUGUGACCCUCCUGUGUCAAGGACCUAAACAAGCUGAGUGGUACAGAAUAUCAAAAGUGGGAAGUCCUGAGCCCAUGGGCAAAGAGGAACAGAUCACACCUGGGAAGACCAACACUUUGAGUAUCACAGAGAUGACAACAGACAAGACAGGGCUAUACCACUGCUCCUAUCAGAGAGGAGGCCGCUGGUCCCAGUUCAGUGACCCCCUGCAGCUGGUGAUGACCGGAGCUUAUGACAAGCCCUCCCUCUCCAGCGUGGCUGGCACAGUGGUGGCUCCAGGCGAGAAUGUAAAGUUGCAGUGUUUCUCCAGAAUCAACUAUGAUGUAUUUAUCCUCACCAAAGAAGAUGGAGAUCACAUCACCCAGAACCAAAGCUCCACCCCCCAGCAUGGAGGACACCAGACCAUCUUCCUCUUGAAUCCAGUCUCCACCACACAGGCGGGGACCUACAGAUGCUACGGUGCCUUCCUCAACAACCCCUAUUUGUGGUCUCAGCCCAGUGACCCACUGCAGCUUCAGGUUGAAGGAACCACUGACUCUCCCAGCAACACACAACCCAGACGUGCAACUGCCCCAUCUGACAACCUAGCCUCCCAAGACAGUCGCCUGGGCAUCUGGAUCGGUGUCCCAGUGGCAGCGGGUCUCCUGUUCCUAGUCGCCCUCAUCCUCUACUGUCUGAGCAAAGCCAAAAACAAUGCUGCGAGGAAAGAGAGACACCCAGAGGCAGCUGGCCAGGUGAAUGGACAGGCCUCUGAAGCUGCGGACCCGCAGGAGGUCACCUAUUCCCAGGUGACCUGCCGCGUCCCCCACCAGGGGACCGCUGGGACACCCUCCUGGGUGCCCAGGCAGACCCAGAGCAGCGACUAUGUGACGCUGGCCUUCAGAUAAGCGAGGCACCAGAGCCAGCACUUCAUCUGGGCGGCAGAACUCACAGCUACCUCUGGUAACUCCCUCCUCUAGAACUGAGGUUCCAAACCUGAGAAUCAGCCUGGUUGAGGGAGCCCACAUCCCUCGGAAGAUCCUGCUACCCUCCCCCUGGAAAUCGAGAGACCUCAGUAACAUCAUCCAGUCAGUCCCAGAAUCUAAUUGCCCAGGAGUUCCUGAGACCCUCUGAAGUCGUCAGAAGAGCGACAGGGUAAUAUUUUGUAAGUUUUCAUUAUUCAUUAAUUAAAUGUUGAUGUUGUUCAGUC